UGACAGGAUACACUUACAUCGAUUGGACGGUUUACUACCGGCACAGCCGUGUCGUGUGCGGGAGGGGCGGGGUCGCCUGCUGAGACAAAUAAACAUGGAGGUGAUCUUUCACGAGAAACAAGAGGCCUCUCUGUGUGCCCAGCACUGCCUGAACAACCUGCUCCAAGGAGAGUACUUCAGCCCCGUGGAAUUAUCUUCUAUCGCCAUGCAGCUGGAUGAGCAGGAGCGCAUGAGAAUGGCGGAAGGAGGGCUACAAAGUGCCGAAUAUAGGACCUUCAUGCAACAACCGUCUGGAAACAUGGAUGACAGCGGAUUCUUCUCUAUUCAGGUUAUAAGCGACGCUCUGAGAGUGUGGGGCUUAGAAUUGAUCCUGUUCAACAGUCCAGAAUAUCAGAUCCUCGGCAUCGAUCCAAUAAACGAACGAGCUUUUAUUUGCAAUUAUAAAGAACACUGGUUUACUGUACGAAAAUUAGGCAAACAGUGGUUUAACUUGAACUCAUUGUUGACGGGUCCAGAACUCAUAUCGGACACUUACCUUGCACUAUUCUUGGCUCAGCUCCAACAGGAAGGCUACUCCAUUUUUGUAGUAAAGGGUGACCUUCCAGACUGUGAGGCUGACCAGCUCCUGCAGAUGGUUCUAGUUCAGCAGAUGCAGCGACCGAGGCUCAUUGGAGAGGACCUGGCUGCUCGAAACCAAAGAGUUGAAAAAAGCGAGGAAGAGCCCAAGUUGUACGAAGGCCCCGAAGGCCCCACCGGGAUGGAUGAGGAUGAAGAGAACCUACAGAAGGCCCUUGCUUUGAGCAGACAACAGAUAGACAUGGAAGACGAGGAAGCCGAUCUCCGCAGGGCCAUACUACUCAGCAUGCAAGGAGGACUCCGCCAGGAUGGGACAGAAUUGGCUUCCUCUAGCCAGGCGCAGACGUCGGAGCUGACACAGGCGCAGACGUCGAAGCUGACACAGGAGCAGCUUCGUCAGAGGAGACAGAUGUACUUUGAAAAGCAGCAACAGUCGAAACCUGAACGACAAGAAUGUGCAGAGAACAACGCCACGACCAACUCUGCAAACGCAGACCAAGAUCCUGCAAUGAACGAUGAAGAUGUGCACAGAGCCGCCAUGAAAAUAUCCAUCAAUACAGGCGGGACAGGACCCAGUCCCCAGGAAAAAUGACCCUCGGGCUCCGGCCUGUCUGUUUACACUGACCUGCUUUGUUGCGCAGGUAGUAAGGAUGUACAUAUUCAGUCUAUCCUCUGGACGGGCGUCUGCUUGGGAUAUAUUUGAAGCUUUUAUGGGUGUCUUUUUAAAGGUGUCUGUGUGGCAUUUUACUUUUCACAAGAAGAUCAUGUUGUCCUGCUUUUUUCCUGAUCUCCGGAUGUGUGUCUCCGUCAUACAGAAAUAUCUCACAAGUCCCGCUUUUACCUGGCUGAACUUGACACGACCAAACAGAGCAGCUUGCAGCACGGCCAUCGCUUCUCUCCAAAAGUCCAUUCCGUUUACAUUGCUGAUUGGUCAGCAGUAUAUGGGACCCCCGUAUUCCAGCUGUCCUAUCGGAAACUGUUCUAGGGGGAUCUGUCACAAAGCUAUGUCCGACUCCAAUGCAGUUGGCCUUUCUCAAGCUGCAUAGUAGUUUUGGGGCAGCAAAAUUGCCUUGGAACUAGUGUAUGUGGCCCAUGGGCAAGAGGGCGGCUGCUUCCAUCAGAGGCUUCAGUGACCGGUGUUUAGAUUUGUGGCAGAAAAGUGCAUCUGUACCGCAGUUAUAAAUAUAACGAUGAUGAGGAGUGUAAGAGAGACUCAGGACUUGGUUCUUACAUUGAGGGUAUUUGUAUAUUUUUCAUAACUGAGCUCUGGGAAGAUAUAAAAGGCACAAAUAAUGCA